UCUGCCGAAGUUGCGCAUUGUCUCCGCUUUCAGUACAAUGAGAACUCAAACAGCUGAUAAGUGUCAAAGUAACAAGACCAUUUCUAUUAAUACUACGUUAUUUUUAAUUAAUAAUCGUUAUAAAAGUUAUCGUUUAAUACGAUUCUGUGAUGUUGCUAUUGUGGUGAAAUGAAACUCGAGAGAGGUGUUCGACAAGAAAUGUGAUGUGAUUGGGAAUCGUAUCAAGCGGCAGAAGAUAAGAAGCCCUAGUCAAACAAUAUGGACUUGUAAAAUAGAAGCAACCAGACAAAUAUGAGUAUUGUUAUAUUAUUGAGUGCAAGUAACAUUACCAUUGAUAAUUUCGUCGAAGAUAUUAUCUGAGAAAUGCAAGAUGGGUCUUCAGGACGUAGUCUCAUGGUACCAAAAAAAGAUUGGCACUUACGACAAGCAACAAUGGGAGAGGACGGUUGAGCAAAGAAUUUUGGAUGGAAUUACUCAUGUGCCAAUGAAAUCGGCCAGAAUCAAAACUGAAUUGAUUGAUGUGGAUUUAGUUAGAGGGUCGUCGUUUCCAAAAGCAAAACCAAAACAUGGUCUAGUAACAGUUGCUCGUUUGGCAAUUUUGCGACUAAUUUUAUUACCAAUUUAUUCCAAAUGGUGGGUUCAGCAAACAUCGGCCAGAAUUUUUGGCUUAUUAUUGGCUUUGUAUGGUCUACAGUGUGUCAACUUGGCCGUUUACACAUACCAUAAUGAGAAAAAUAUCGAGGAUGAACAUGAGAAAGUUACAAUUUCGGAGAUAAUUGUACCAAUUGCAAUGAUGUUGCUUCUAAGUAUCAUACAUACGCAAAUAGUUUCUACAAAUCCCGGGCCGAUAAAAUCUCCUCCCAAAAGACUGAGACGUAAUACUAGAAAAAGGCGGAAACCAUCAUUUGCAAGAUCUCGGAACCAGUCCGAAAGCAAACUCAGUGAUCACCAAGGUUCCACAACUAAUCUCAAAAAUAUAGAAAGCGACAAGUACUUCCAAAGAACCAGAGUCAGAAUUACCCAAAGUGAUACCAAAGACUCUUCUAUCAGACGAAGAGUUGUAGCCUGGGAAAGUCCAGUUCAUGUGACUACAACCUUGUCAAUUGAGACCAAUAAACAGUCUUCCAAAAAUAAUGAGAUGAUAGAUGCAGAUGCUUUAGAAUUAAGGAGUUCCGAGGAAUUUAUUUCUGCAGAAGUUACCGACAGUUUGAUCAAGAAUGAUAGGGAAACUUUGAAGUUGGUCAGUUCUGUUUUGAAACCUGGGACGAGUUCUGGUGCUGCUGGUGGAAAUCAAGAAUUUGAUAAUCCGGAGCCGACGACCCCUUUAGACGACGACGGGUUCGAAAGUUUAAACGGUAACGGUUCAAGUGAAAAUGGUGAAGACGUAUCUCAACGUGGAAACAGUGAAGAACCAAAUUUUGAAUCUGACCAAUCGACACCAGGCAAAAAGUCUUCUGAAAAUGAACACGCACCAGGAACCAAAUAUUUUGAUGCUGAGAUUGAGAACGCCAUCGGCUGUUUAAAUGUUAAGACAAAAUUUACGACGACGACGUCGUCGGAUAAUAAAGACUGUGAUAAUAAUGGACCGAUUUCUAUAAAUUAUUCUGUGGGAAAUGAUGAAGUGCAGAAAGUUAGAGAAAAUAAUUCCAGAUAUGAUACUGAUAUAAGGAAAGCCUGGGUGCAUGAAGUUUUGGAAAAUAGAAGUCCAGCAUCAGUUAUGUUGGAGAAACCUAUUUUAAAUAACAGUGAUACCGAUACAGACACUUUGGAAACUUUGAUGAACUCCAAUUCUUCUUUGUUGAGGAGAAGAGGUUCGCACCAGAGACGAACAGCAGGUGAAGAUUCCACGUUUCGGCCCUUGUCUGGAAAUUCUAACUGUUCCACAAAUGCUGAGAGUAUCAGAAUAAAUCACAGGGAAUCCAGUGGUGAUACCGAGGAAGAAGGAGAUUGUGAUACUGUUUCUACUCCUGGAACCGUCGGUUCAUGUUGUCCUCAUCUUAAUGAUACUCCGCCGUCAGUCAACGAAUGGAUCGGAGUCACUACAAAUAGUGAGGAGUGCAGUUAUAGUUCAGAAUUGGAAGAGACUGAUUCGCAAUACGAGCACAGUAAUGCUGAUCUUGUGGACCAUCCUUUUGCUUGGGAAUUCGGGUCAAAUACUGUUCUUAGUCCAAGUUGUGCCGCUUCCGACAGAGUUAGUUGUACAGUUUGGGACCAUCGCGAAAUUAAAAAGGCAGACCUAUCAGUCUUAGAUAUAAGUUCUACCAUCAUAGCCCGCGUGGAAGGAAUGCCUGAAACUUGUGAUUAUUUUUAUGGAGGAGUUGCCUUGUCUAUUUUGUUGGCCCUGAUACCGGCAGUUUGCAGACUUUGCAGAUUUACCAUCGAUCACAAUCAUGCUGAUGAUCAUUUGUCUGUUCUGGAUCUUUUGUCUUUGGUGUCGGAAAAAAUGUCUGGAUCUUUUGUGACGUUGAUUGAUAUGGCUUUUGGACAAAAUUUAACGACACGGAUGAUUCUCAUCAUCAGUUUAACACAAAGGAUAAUACUGUCCUGUUUAUUUUUCUUUUUGUUGGCGGUUGCUGAACGUGUUUUCAAACAGCGUUUCCUGUAUGCAAAACUGUUUUCACACCUGACGUCAUCUCGUCGAGCGCGAAAAUCUGAAUUACCACAUUUUAGACUUAAUAAAGUCAGAAAUAUCAAGACGUGGUUGUCUGUUCGAUCAUACUUGAAAAAAAGGGGACCUCAAAGAUCAGUAGAUGUCAUUGUAUCAGCUGCUUGUCUCAUAACAUUAUUGUUGUUAUCAUUUUUAAGUGUAGAAUUGCUUCGGGAUUCCGUGCAUCUUCAUUCACAAUGCAACGUGGAAGCUUUUGCAUGGUCACUUGCAUUAGGGAUGUUUUUGCUGAGAUUUAUAACACUUGGAACCAAAAUAAAUCAAAAAUACAGAAAUCUCUCUGUACUGAUCACAGAACAAAUAAAUUUGUAUCUACAGAUCGAACAGAAGCCAAAUAAAAAGGAGGAACUGAUGGUUGCUAAUAGUGUUCUCAAACUGGCUGCUGAUCUUCUUAAGGAAUUGGAGUCUCCUUUCAAAAUAUCCGGUCUAUCAGCAAAUCCAAUUCUAUAUACAAUAACAAAAGUGGUGAUUUUAUCAGCAUUAUCAGGUAUUCUUAGUGAAAUGCUCGGAUUCAAACUAAAACUGCACAAAAUUAAAAUAAAAUAGUUACUG